GCUCACACCGACGCACGCGAGCGGUUCGGUCCCCCGUACACAAACGCCAGCGCGCGCACUCACAUGAGCCCCCAACACGAGCUCCACCAGCGCGAGCUGCCGGUGCUACCUCCGCCGCCUCACCGACACUCAGCGUCGGAGUCGAGCACCUGCUGUCACCUCACCGCCACAGACGGGAACCAGGACUUGGUUUUGAAAGCGCUCGAUAAUUCCAAAGCAGCGAGGGAAGGUGAGUGAAUGCCGCUCAGCCCAGCUCCUGCUGCUGGAGGAGGACGGAAGAGACGCUGUUUGGAGCCAAAAGCUUCAGCACUCGAACCACACAUCAGUGAGAACGUCUUCAAGGUGGAUGGAGGACCACUCAAGUUGUAGCCCAGGGUGCUCGGCCCAGACAUUCAACAGCUAGAAACAGGACGCAGAAGAACCGAAGGUCAUGGGGUUCAACUUGGAGCGAGACGUGUGUGGGCUUUUGCCAAUCCUGCUCAUCCUGGUGGUCGCUGAGGUGUCCCCGGCCCAGAGUCAGGGGUGCCCCCAGCGCUGCGAGUGUAUAGCAAGACUGAAGACUGUGUCCUGUCAAGGUAAACGCCUGUCUGCCCUGCCAGACGGAAUCCCUGUGGACACCAAGGUCUUAGACCUAAGUGGGAAUAAGUUGCGAUGGGUAGAACAUGGAGACCUGCUUCCCUUUCCUCGGCUUGAAAAGCUCGACCUGAGUGAAAACAUGAUCAGUGUGUUGGAACCAAAUGCUUUUUCCAGUCUCCAGAACUUGCAGUGGCUCUCACUGAGAGGUAAUCAGUUGAAACUGGUCCCCAUGGGUGCUUUCUCACGACUCUCUAACCUGACGUCGCUGAACCUUAGCGGGAACAAGAUCGUUAUUCUUUUGGACUUCACCUUUCAAGACUUGAAAAGUCUGAAAAACCUGGAAGUUGGAGACAAUGAUCUGGUUUACAUAUCUAACAAGGCGUUUUUGGGUCUUGUCGGACUGAAGGAGCUGACGAUAGAGAGGUGUAAUCUCACAUCUGUCUCCAGCCAGUCUUUGUCGUACCUUCAUAACUUGGUCACGCUUCGCCUCCGCUACCUCAGUAUCUCUGCUCUGGAGGACCAGAACUUCAGAAGGCUUGGGAACCUGAGGGGUUUAGAGAUUGAUCACUGGCCGUAUUUGGAGUAUAUUUCCCCACACAGCUUGCAGGGGCUCAACUUGUCCUGGCUGUCGAUUACACACACAAACAUCACCUCUGUUCCGACCUCUGCUCUGCGAAAUCUUGCUCACCUCACCAGCCUCAACUUAUCCUUCAACCCUAUCUCUGUUCUUGAAUCCUGGGCGCUGCGAGAUCUUCUCAGGCUGAAGGAGCUGCAUCUAGUGAAGACCAACUUGGUGAUGGUUCAGCCGUACGCGCUUGGUGGGCUUCGGCAGCUCCGUGUUCUUAAUCUCUCUACAAACGCCCUGGUGACCCUGGAGGAGGGGGCUUUUCAGUCGGUCAACAGUCUCGAGACCCUGCGUCUGGAUGGGAACCCCCUGGCCUGUGACUGCAGGUUGCUCUGGAUCCUCCAACGCAGGAAGACCCUGAAUUUUGAUGGAGCGUCUCCCAUGUGUGUUGCACCUCUUGAGGUGCAAGGACGGGCGAUAAAUGCUUUUUCCGACUCCGCUCUGUUCGAUCAUUUCACCUGUCAGAAGCCCAAAAUCAGAAAUCGCAAGCUCCAGCAGGUAUCUGCACGUGAGGGGCAGGUGGUGUCCUUCAUCUGCAGAGCGGACGGGGAGCCGACACCUGUGAUCUUCUGGAUUUCACCUCAGCGCAGGCGUAUAACUACCAAGAGCAGCGGACGCUUGACUGUGCUGCCAGAGGGAACUCUAGAAAUAAGGUAUGCCCAAGUGACAGAUAGUGGAACCUACAUUUGCAUCGCCAGUAAUGCUGGCGGCAACGAUACUUACUUCGCCACACUCACGGUCAGCGGGCUGCCUCUGGACGCCGCCCUCAUGGCCAACCGCACCUACUACGCCGGAGACCUCAACGACACUAACCUUAAUGACACCCGAGUCUUCUUGAAGUUCACUCUGGACCUCAAAACCAUCCUCAUAUCCACCGCCAUGGGUUGCAUCAUGUUCCUGGGAGUCGUUCUGUUCUGCUUCAUCCUGCUGUUCGUGUGGAGUCGUGGGCGAGGACAGCACAAAAACAAUUUCUCGGUAGAGUACUCUUUCAGGAAGGUGGACGGACCUGCUGCCAGUGGGGGACAGGGAGGAGGGGCACGCAAGUUCAACAUGAAGAUGAUCUGAUGGAGGAGACAUUCUCUGUUGCCACCACUCUUGUGCAUAGAUGUAAAGCAAAUAUUUAUAGACUAUUUCCUGGAGACGAGGUUUUGAUAUGAGUGUGAUUUCUACUACUGUUAUCCACAUGGAAAUUUGGACUUGAUGUCAUACAAAAGUCUGACUGUUAGUAGUAACAGAGUAGUAACAAUUAUGCCCCCAGCAGUGUUUUUCACCUUUUGCCAACACAUUUCCCUUUAUAACUAUCAUCUCUUGUUUUCUCUCACUGCUUCAUAUGUGCUCAGUAAACCUCUUAAACCAAAUGGGAUUAUUGCCCAUUAUAUUUGCUGAGCUUUUUUGGGAGAUCAAAUAAUGACUCAAGCGGAACAUUCAACCUCCAAAUUAAUUUGCUGGCAUUAUGAAUACAACUUUUUUUUUACCAUCACAAAUGAUCAUUUGUUACUGGGGUUAUACAGAGUGAUUCAUUUACCGUUACUGUGACAUAAACAUGGUGUCCUUACUACAGUGGCAGUGAUGAUGAAAGAGGGCACUGCUUUCACGAGACUGUCUGGUUGAUAUGUUUCUAACGGUGUAAAUACUGUUUGUCUAAAAUGCAUAUAUGUGCAAAAAUGGUUCCUUGACAGGUUUUACGGCAUUUACAAAGUGUAAACAAGGGUGUUUACUUUCUACUAGCUAUUGAUCCAGUCAGUCACAAGUGAGUUCUACAAAUGAACGUACCAUGGGUUUUUCCUUGCUGCAAGAGCGUGUGCACACUUGAAUUUAAUGGCAGUAAAUGGUGGACACAACUCUAGUGUUGUGAGGGAACACUUAACACUUUGUGCUGGCAUUAAAUAUUGGAUGAAUAUCAUCGCAAUGUAUAUGGCUGAUUUGUUUAUUUAUUUAUUUAUGAAGUUUUUGGCGGUCCUGUUAAUCUUCUUAACAGUUUGAGAUUAUCAAACUGAUCAUCUGUUCUUUCAAGAUAAGUCAAAAUUAUCAAAAGGUUUCAAUAUGAAUUAAAUUCCUUUCCGACUUAUUGAAUAGUACAUGCCACUUUUUCGAUGCAGCCCAGAUAUAGACAUAGAAAUAACAUUUUCUACUAUGCUAGUGAUUUAAAAGCUCAGACAAAAUCAGACAUUAAUACACGUUAUCAUGUGUUAAGAACAGGUUCUGGUUAGAAAAGAAAGGGGUUAGUGGCAAUAUAAAUAAAACAUGAUUUACCAGAUUCUAGCAUCUACUGUAGUAUGAUCCCGCUGCUGUGUAUGGCUUAACAAAACUCCUAUAGUCACAUUGAUGCCUGCGGUCAGAGAUAUAUUGCGUUGAGACGUGUCUACUCUCCGAGCUCUGACAGAAAAUCAUCAAGUGUUCAUGCCUUCAGGGAGGCUGACUGACCAGUAUGGAGGAAAGAUUACAUUUUCAGUUUCAGAUUUGACCUCACUGUAUGGUGAAGUCCCAGGAUGAAUGUGAAUGUAAAGCACCAGGCCGAGCUGACAGGAACAGUGAUGGGAGUUUGAGUGUAUUCUACAGUGCUCAGUUCUCUCAUGGAUUCAGAUGUCUAUAUUGAAGUUCUCAAAUAUAAUGAACUGGUUUCAUGAUAUGAGUUCUGAGCGCAGAUAUUGACUUAAAUACACAGGUUUUGUUUCACCCAUCUGAGUUGAAUUAUUGUUUUACUUUUUUCUAUGCUUAAGACACUAAUGUAACAACAACACAAGGGAGGCGGAGUUUCAUUUUUACCCAUUUAGAUCAUUUCAUAGAGAAAUCGGUUUUCGGCACCAUCUGAAUACGUCACUGACCGCUCAGCUUUCUUUGGCGUGUUCAGCAACAGUGGGAUUUUGCUGCCCUCUGCUGGUCUUGUGAUCGCUGUUCAACCUAAUUGUUGAACAACCAAUUCCUUAAAUUAAUAGAAUUUCCGAUCUCAUAAAUGGAACCUUCAACACCUGCCGAAAUCUGAAACCCACUUCGGACUAUUUUAUGUCUGUAUUCAUGAUUUCUGAUUCAUUGCGGUCAUGAUGUCUCUGGUUGUUUUUGUUUUGUAAAUAUGAAGCACAUUGUGUCUGUAAAUUGUGCAGCUGUUUUGUACUGUAACAUUUUAUAACAAAGCACAGUGUUUAUAAAGCAUGCUCUGUUCUCUGCAAUGACGUGUUGUCCAUGUUUUUACAGCUUUUUUUUUUUUAAAUUAUUCUAACUAUUAUUAGCAGGAAGAGUAUAUGUAUGUGAGCUUGAGAUGAUGUCAAUUCAUUUUCAGUACAUGAAAUACAAUCAUAGUCACUCUAUGUAACCAGCUUGCAUUCAUCAAAAUCCCCCCCAAAAAUAAAAGAUUUGUGGGCAGACC